AUGAAUACUUACUCAUUGGUGGCUCUUUCAAUCUUCGUCAUUGCCUUUGCGGUGGGCUAUCGAAAGCGCUUCAGCAGAAGAUCAUCUCCUCCUUCUCCUCAACAUGCAGAGAUAAAACGAAUGGCGCCCUACCCGGCGCAACCCAUCAAGGGCAGAGAACGAUACCGGGUCAUGAUGGACAUGCGACGGCUGGACGUGGUGAAUUGGCUCACCCUCGACAAGAACUACACGGACGAACACCAGAUCCGGAGCCAAUUGCUCGAGCAUGAAAGGGAAAAGGUGCUCCAAUGCCUGCCGCAAUCAUACAAUGCUUGUCUCGAGGCAUUGGAAGAGGUCGUCGACUUCCUCUGCCAGCGAUACUCCAACAUGUUUGAGAGAAAGCAGUAUGGCGACGAGACGACAAUUCAUAACAAAGUCACCGGCGAGACCUUUGUCUUUGGAGGAGGUAACAACCAGAUGGAUCCAUUGGAGAUUGCAGUGCGACUCACGAUGGAGGAUCUGAGCAUCUUGAUGAAGAACGAAGACGAAGAAUAUUACCUAGCGGCCAGCGCAAGUCUCUUCCCCGUGGGAUGGACGGUGGACAAACGCAUUGGAUGGACAAUCUCGCAACUUCACGAACCAGUCCCAUUGUGGCACCAGCAAGUCGCCAAUUCUGUCAGCAAAUUCCUCGCCCGUCUAACCCCCACCUCCUCCAUGGAACGAUCCAACUACUUCAUCGAAGUCAAACGCCCCAACGAGGACCUCCUCGAAACCCUCUAUCGUCCCACCACCCUCUCAGAGGGAAACCCUGAUCCCUCUCCAGGCGAGAUCCUCAUCCGUCGCGAACGCCAGACCUUCCGACGACUCCCCCGCACCGGUGCAAUCGUCUUUGGCGUCAAGACCUUCCUCACCCCACUGGACCAGCUCCCCAUGCAAGAACUGCAGAACCUGGCCAAGGAAAUCAAAAGCUGGCCUGAGUUUGUGGGCGAAUACAAGGGAGCUGAAGUCUGGGGGCAAAAGGCGCUGGCGUUUGCAGAGAAGAAGAGUCAGCUGCAGAACGACGUCGAGAAAGAAAAGGUAGAGGUUUGA